AUGAAUAUGCCAAGGUCAGUAGAGCAUCCUAAAUGGAACUGGAGGACUAAACCAGAAAGCCGUGAUUUUGAUGAAUUGAAUCACAUCCUUCAAGAGAGCAAGAAGCUGGGGAAAGCCCUUGAGAAUCUGUCUCGAAAAGUGAAAAUUGCAGACGAAAUUGACAGUGAAACAGUGGCUUUUAAUUCUGCUCUUCUGAGGCCCCGUGUGAUUGGAGAAUGGAUUGGUAGAGAAGAAAAUGAUGCUGAUCCACUAGCCGCUGAGAUGCUGCAGCCCCCAAUUCCAAGAAGUAAAAAUGACCAAUGGGAAAAUGAGGACAGUGGCUCUAGCCCUGCAGGAAGCUUAAAAAUGGAGCCUAAGACUAAAGGAUUAAAACAGCAGCAACAGCAACAUAAGAAGCUCCUGGCAGCGAUGCUCUCUCAAGAUUCUUUUGAGUCCGUCCACAGCCCCACCCCGUCUGUAACAGAGGAAGACAUUGAUAAUGAAGAUGAUGCAAUGGAAUUGCUGGAGGAUCUUAAUGAUUUAAGAAUGGAGGGAGUAACAACCUUGGUACCUUCUGGGAGCAAAUUUAACCAAGGCCGUCCUACUCACCCUGCUGAGCCUCAGGCCAAGGUCACACUGAACAUCUGUUCAAGGUGUGCCAGGCUUCAAGGAGAUAACCUGGCAGAAAGGACAGAAGAGACAUUACAAAUACUUCAUUCUCCAGAUGAAACAAUCCCAGAUUCUUUGGAUUCCCAGACCUGGCAGGAACUCUUUUUGGCUCGUCUGCUUCUGAUCCUAGCUGUUUUCACAAAAUGCAAACACAUGCAAAAACAUUGUAAUAAACCUCAGCAUUCAGUCAUGUUCGGUAAGACCUCAAAAGAUGUUUGCUUUGAACUUGGUUCUAAAGAUGGGCAUACCUUCAUGAGAAUGGAAGAUAUCUUCUUACUCUUUAUGAUGUGGUUUGGCCCUUUUCAGGGUCCCAAAGAAGAAGGCUCCAGUGAAGGACAUCCAUUGAAAACUUACAUGGAAGAAGAUGAAUCCUUAAAGCAACUACAAGUAGUUCAUCAACCGUGGAUCUUGCCAAGUGACACAGAAAGUGAAGGGGUGGAAGCAGAACAAGAGAAACGUUCCGCCGACCUUCUUCUUUGUGUUCCAUGCUCUUCUUGUCCUGCACUGGUCUACUCUGAGAGAAGUCCUGGUCUUGUCUAUUUCGUUAAUUCAGACAUUUCAACAGACUUUGAAUAUAUGUACAAUUCUAGGCCGGCCAAAGUUGGACAGGUAGAAGUUAAUGCUGCAUUAGAAAGAACCUUGAAUUUGGGAGGAGAGGGAAUGACUUCCUGUUUCGGCGACGACGGCCGCCAUUCUGCUUUGUUGGACGUGGCCCCUGCUCUGGGACGAGCGUCUCUGGCAAAGACGGAAUGA